CUGAUUAUCACAAUCUGUAGCUUAAGUUUAGUUUCAGCAGCGUUAAGUCUUUCAGUGAGCAAAAGACGACAGGGAGAGAGUCAGCAUGGCCCAGAAAAAUAACCUUCAGUUCUCCAUCAGGGAGUAUGGACCCUCCGACGAACACGUGGUCAUGUCGCUCUUUCACGACGGGGUUAUUGAACACGUGUACCCGGCUUUCUUCAAGGCCAUGAGCCACCCGGACCAUGUUGGUGUCGCUCUGAGCAUCUGCAUGGCCGGCUAUGUAUUGGGAGGCAGCUCCUACUUCCAAGCUUUAUUCUUUGGCAGUGCGUGGGCUGGCCUGCUCUAUUACUGCUGCCACGAGAUCUACCACGGCUACCUGACCCGGAGGCUGAGCACAGAUAUGGCCGACAUUCAAGCCAACUACCUGGGAAACCCAGAUAGCGGCUUCUGGGUGGCAGAGGUAGACGUAGACAGCCAGCCCAAGGUGGUGGGGAUUGUGGCGGUGAAGGGGGAAAGAAGAGUAGAGGAAGAGGAGAGGUUUGAUGACUGGAACGGAGGAGCGAUGGGAGCGGGAUCAGAGUUUGUUCAAGAUGCCGGCGAUGGGAGUUUCGGCGAGUUGUCCCACAUGGUCGUGGUGUUCCCGUGGCGCCGCAAAAACCUCGGUUCACAGCUGUUGAGGAAGGCCCUGGAUUUCUGCAAAGAGCAAGGAUACGGCCGACUGGUUUUGGAUGGCAGCUCGCCACAGACCGCCGCUAUCGCCCUGUACCAAAAGCUUGGUUUUGUUCAAACUUCCUCCCACAGUAACACACAUGCCAAUCGCUGGAUCUCCAAACUGGCCCGAAUAAAUGUGAUGCGAAUGGAGAAGCUUAUCUAACGGGACUUUAGACCCCCGGCACCUCUGAUGUAAAAUAAGAUUAUUUCAGUUAAUUUAUGCUUCUGGUUUCAUUUAAAGCACAAAUCGUUCAGUUGUUUGAUAUUCAAUCACUCAU